GAGCUGUAGCCGCCGGGGUUGCGGGACUACAGUUGGGGAACAUGCUGGACGCAAGCGGCUGGAGCCCCGCGGCGUGGACGUGGGUGCUGCUUCUGCAGCUAUUGCUAGCGGGGCCCGGAGGCUGCCUGAGCCGUCAGGAGCUUUUCCCCUUCGGCCCUGGGCAGGGGGACUUAGAGCUGGAGGCCGGGGACGACGUGGUGUCCCCUGCUCUGGAACUGAUCGGAGAGCUGAGCUUCUAUGAUCGUUCGGACAUCACGUCGGUCUAUGUCACCACAAAUGGCAUUAUUGCUAUGAGUGAACCUCCAGCCAGAGAAUCACAUCCUGGAACCUUCCCACCCAGCUUCGGCUCAGUGGCACCUUUCCUGGCUGACUUGGACACAACAGAUGGUCUGGGGAAUGUGUAUUAUCGAGAAGACUUAUCCCCUUCCAUCAUUCAGAUGGCAGCGGAGUAUGUCCAGAGAGGCUUCCCGGAGGUUCCUUUCCAGCCCACUAGUGUGGUGGUUGUCACUUGGGAGUCCAUGGCCCCCUAUGGAGGGCCCAGUGGGAGCCCUGCCCAGGAAGGCAAGAGAAACACGUUCCAGGCUGUUCUGGCUUCCUCAAAUUCCAGCUCCUAUGCCAUUUUCCUUUAUCCUGAAGAUGGUCUACAGUUCUUUACAACAUUCUCGAAGAAGGAUGAAAACCAAGUGCCCGCCAUAGUUGGCUUCAGCCAAGGCUUAGUGGGAUUUCUAUGGAGGAGUGACGGAGCCUAUAACAUAUUUGCCAAUGACAGGGAAUCCAUUGAAAAUUUGGCCAAGAGCAGCAAUGCUGGACACCAGGGGGUGUGGGUGUUUGAGAUUGGGAGUGCUGCUACUGCCAAGGGUGUGGUGCCUGCAGAUGUGAACCUAGACCUGGAUGACGAUGGAGCAGACUAUGAGGAUGAAGAGUAUGACCUGGCAACCUCUCACCUGGGCCUGGAGGAUAUGGCCACCCCAACCUUUCCCACCCAUAGUCCAAGAAGGGGAAACACUAACCCACACAAUGCACCCAGGGUCCUCUCUCCUAGCUAUGAGGCUACAGAAAGUCCCCAUGGAAUCCCCACUGAGAGAAUCAGAACCUUCCAAUUGCCAGUAGAGAGGUUCCCGCAACAGCACUCUCAGGUCAUUGAUGUGGAUGAAGUAGAAGAAACAGGAAUUGUAUUCAGCUACAACACAGGUUCCCAGCAGACGUGUGCCAACAAUAGACACCAGUGCUCCGUGCAUGCAGAGUGCAGAGACUAUGCUACUGGCUUCUGCUGCAGGUGCGUGGCCAACUACACCGGCAACGGCAGGCAGUGUGUAGCAGAAGGCUCCCCACAGCGGGUCAACGGCAAGGUGAAGGGAAGGAUCUUCGUGGGGAACAGCCAGAUCCCCGUGGUGUUUGAGAACACUGACCUGCACUCCUAUGUGGUGAUGAACCAUGGACGCUCUUACACAGCCAUCAGCACCAUUCCCGAAACCGUUGGGUAUUCUCUGCUUCCCCUGGCACCCAUUGGAGGCAUCAUCGGAUGGAUGUUUGCAGUGGAGCAGAAUGGGUUCAAGAAUGGGUUUAGCAUCACUGGGGGUGAGUUCACCCGACAAGCCGAGGUGACCUUCUUGGGGCACCCAGGCAAGCUGGUCCUGAAGCAGCAGUUCAGUGGUAUUGAUGAACAUGGACACCUGACCAUCAACACAGAACUGGAUGGCCGAGUGCCGCAGAUCCCCUACGGUUCUAAAGUGCACAUUGAACCCUACACAGAGCUGUACCACUACUCCAGCUCAGUGAUCACUUCCUCCUCCACCCGGGAGUACACAGUGACUGAUCCGGAUGGCGAUGCAUCCUCACACACCUAUGUUUACCAGUGGCGUCAGACCAUCACCUUCCAGGAGUGUGUCCAUGAUGACUCCAGGCCAGCCCUGCCCAGUACCCAGCAGCUCUCUGUGGACAGUGUGUUUGUCCUGUACAACCCAGAGGAAAGGAUUUUGCGCUAUGCCCUCAGCAACUCCAUUGGACCUGUGAGGGAGGGCUCCCCUGAUGCACUUCAGAAUCCAUGCUACAUCGGCACUCAUGGGUGUGACAGCAACGCAGCCUGUCGCCCUGGCUCUGGAACACAGUUCACCUGCGAAUGUUCCAUUGGCUUCCGAGGAGAUGGGCAGACUUGUUAUGAUAUUGAUGAAUGUUCAGAGCAGCCUUCCAGAUGUGGAAACCAUGCAAUCUGCAACAAUUACCCAGGAGCCUACCGCUGUGAGUGCGUGGAGGGCUACCACUUUUCAGACGGGGGAAUAUGCGUGGCUGAUGAGGACCAGCGGCCCAUCAACUACUGUGAAACUGGUCUCCACAACUGUGAUAUCCCCCAGCGGGCUCAGUGCAUCUAUAUGGGCGGCUCCUCCUACACCUGUUCCUGUCUGCCUGGCUUCUCUGGGGAUGGCAGAGCCUGCCAAGACAUGGAUGAAUGCCAGCUCAGCCGAUGUCACCCUGAUGCCGUCUGCUACAACACACCAGGAUCCUUCACAUGCCAAUGCAAACCUGGUUAUCAGGGGGAUGGCUUCCAAUGUGUGCCUGGAGAGGUGGGGAAAACACGGUGUCAACUGGAGCGAGAGCACAUCCUUGGAGCAUCAGGGGCGGCAGAUGCCCAGCAGCCCAGGCUGCUAGGGAUGUAUGUACCCCAGUGUGAUGAGUAUGGACACUAUGAACCCACCCAGUGCCACCAUGGCACUGGCUACUGCUGGUGUGUGGACCGUGAUGGUCGGGAGCUGGAGGGUACCCGUACCCGGCCUGGGAUGAUGCCCCCAUGUCUGAGUACGGUGGCUCCCCCUAUUCACCAGAGACCUGUAGUACCAACAGCCGUCAUCCCCCUGCCGCCAGGGACUCACUUACUCUUUGCCCAGACCGGGAAGAUUGAGCGCCUCCCCCUGGAGGGAAACACCAUGAAGAAGACAGCAGCCAAGACCUUUCUCCAUAUCCCUGCAAAAGUCAUCAUUGGACUGGCCUUUGACUGUGUGGACAAGGUAGUUUACUGGACAGACAUCAGCGAGCCUUCCAUUGGGAGAGCCAGCCUACAUGGCGGAGAGCCAACCACCAUCAUUCGACAAGAUCUUGGAAGCCCUGAAGGCAUUGCCCUUGACCAUCUCAGCCGAAACAUCUUCUGGACAGACUCUCAGCUGGAUCGCAUAGAAGUUGCAAAGAUGGAUGGCACACAGCGUCGAGUGCUGUUUGACACGGGUUUGGUGAACCCCAGAGGCAUUGUGACAGACUCCAUAGGAGGGAACCUUUAUUGGACAGAUUGGAACAGAGAUAAUCCCAAAAUUGAGACUUCUUACAUGGAUGGUACCAACCGGAGGAUUCUCGCACAUGACAACCUGGGCCUGCCCAAUGGCCUGACCUUUGAUGCAUUCUCAUCUCAGCUCUGCUGGGUGGAUGCAGGCACCCAUAGAGCAGAAUGCCUGAACCCGGCUCAGCCCACCAGACGUAAGGUUCUCGAAGGCCUCCAGUACCCUUUCGCUGUGACGAGCUAUGGGAAGAAUUUGUACUACACAGAUUGGAAGACGAAUUCGGUGAUUGCCAUGGACCUUGCUAUAUCCAAAGAGAUGGAUACCUUCCACCCCCACAAGCAGACCCGGCUAUAUGGCAUCACCAUUGCCCUGUCCCAGUGCCCCCAAGGCCACAACUACUGCUCAGUGAAUAAUGGUGGCUGUACCCACCUCUGCUUGCCCACUCCAGGGAGCAGAACCUGCCGAUGUCCCGACAACACCCUGGGAGUUGACUGCAUUGAACGGAAAUGAUGACAAGAAUGCCUUACUCCCUCUCCAAGUAUUUCACAGUAACACCCUACUUGAAAUGACUUGAUCUGGAAAAAAAAAAAAAAAAGACUGACUGAAAAUUGUCCUGCAAUGGAGUGACCACUAGGCCCAGGUCUAGCCUCGCCUGAGCCCUCACAACUUCCCCUCAGCCUUCCCUAAAACAGUCACCCUGAGCUCAGUAAUAGGAAAGUCUCUACCCCAACAUGAGGGUGGGACCCCCCACAUACUUCCUGACACCAGUCUUCAGACAAGAUUAUAGAGUUCUGUAUAAAAAAACAAGUCAAAGUAGUGGUGCAUGCCUGUAACCCUAGCACUUGGGAAGUGGAGGCAGGAAGAUCCAGGGUUCAAGUUAAGAUUACAUGAUACCCUGUCUCAGAAAACAACCAGGAUGAGAAUCAUGUGUUUAUUCCAGAGCUAUAGGACCUUUUCCUAAUCUUAGGCUCCUCCAUGGUAAGCAGACCCCCCCCCACUCCUCCAUUCCACCCCCAUCUCCACCCCCCCAUCCCCGCAGACCUAGUCACAAUAUCUGUGGCAUCACAAGCUCAGCUGUUACUCUGAGGUGCCCGAGAGCUUGCCAGUUUCUCAACAUAGCAUCCAGGUCCAGCUUAGGUAAGGUUAUGAGGCAUACUUUUUCUCUUGGUACUCCAAUUUCUGCCUUCAUGUUCCCACCUAGAACUACUCUCCUACUCUGUACCACCUGUCUAAGACUCUGAUUUUAGUGAGCAUGAUUUACCAUGUUAUCAAAGCCCAACCGUAUCCUAGGAAUUAAUGGUAUUUGGUGGAUGGUAAUAAGGAGCCCCUCCCAGAUUAUAAAAUCCUGGUGGUUUCCUGGUGAUAGUCAAGUGGGUAAGUCAAAGAAAUGUCCUGUGAGAGGAAUGUCAAGAUGUAGCGUGAGGAUAGGGGAUUAUUAUUUUGAUGUGUCUGGAAUUGUAGCAAAUUCUUCCUCUUUGCCAAAGUAUCUGUAUUAGCAUCUGGUCUAUCAUGCCAUGUGAGUCUUUAGCCCCACUCCUGGUACUUAUAGUCAUCCAGGGCCCAGGUUGGGUUAGUGCUUGAGCAAAGUAGUGGUCCAUCAUAGUCCUUUAAUUUUAGAAUUGUAUCUUUGUUUCCCCCUCUCUCUAUGGCUUUUUCUGGCUGCAUGUUCACUCAUCUGAAGACCCAAUCUGGGAAGAUCUAACUGGGUAUUUCUACUAAUGGUUCAGACCCUUAAUUGCCCACUGGUGUAGUUCAAGGGACUGUUCCUGCCUUCCAUGUAUCUGUCUGUCAUUUGUUUCAAAAAUGCAUAUAUCUUUUUUUUUUUUUUUCAACUGCUCCCAAGAUAAUUAAAGCAAUAGAUAUUUUGGAUUGAAGGUCAAACAUCAGAAGUUCUGUUCAGCACAGUGUAGGGUAAGGGCAUAGACAAGACUCAGUGGGAAUAUGGAUGGAGAACAGGAAUGGAAAACUUAAGAGGAAAUUGUGGGAAGGGGUUUAAAGGCAGCUAAAACUAAAACCCUUAAAUAACGUCAGAGAACAAUGUGCCAUUUUUUCAAAAGAAUGCUAAUUAUUGAAGACAUAGAGGACUUUGCCUGAUGCUUUUCUUGGGGCACAGAGGCCCCCUACCUCCUUUUCUUCUAGCUUCAUCACACUCAGCCUCCAAUCCCAUCUCCUCCUACCUCCAUCUCAACCUGCUUACAUAGGACUGGGAACCUGAAUUGGGAAGGAGUCUUUACUUAAACAAUUGGAAUUUGUAUCACAAGAUUUAGGGAUCAUGCGAAUCUUCUGUGCAGCCUCGUAAGGAGGUCUCAGAUGUUUUUUAGUCAUUUUUUUAUGAAGCCCUCUCAUGUUCCUCAUGACACCCACCUUUUAUAACCUUUAUUCAUUGUACUAGCUUCCUUCUAAAAUGUUUUACACGGUGAAUUCUUCAACUAUGGAAACCACUGAAGGUGCUUAUUAACGGUUCUCCAGAAGUACACAAGUAUUGGAUGGUUCCUUGAGUUUACAACUGUACAAAUAUUAGUGCUGAGAAUUAAAAAUAAACUGUUAAAAAUAAAACCUUA